GGGUAAUGUAAGCUUGACUAUAUAGGGGGCAGGUGCUCUUCAUGAGCCUAAAAUCUCCUGAACAAAAAAAGAAAAAAAUAUAUUACAAUUUUAAUUUAAAACCGUAAUGAGUGUUCACAGUUAAUUCUGCAGCAGCCUGUGAUCUGCUUUCGGUGACGCGGUGUGACUUCACACGGAGGCUGGAGGAGGACGCCGCCGCUUCGCGCAGCUCUCUGACCGUCUCCUCUCGUUCUCUCGGCAGGCGUCAGGCUGCAGAAACCCGGAGGGAUGGAGCCAGCGGGCGCGUACGGCGCCGGGAAGGCCGGGAGCCUCGCCUUCGAUCCGGUUGCCUUCUUCACGCAUCCCCGGACCAUCCUCAGACUGCUGUCGUGGGUUUUCUCCAUAGUGGUGUUCAGCUGCAUUGUGAAUGAGGGCUACAUCAACAUCGGCAGUGAGCGUUUGCUCUGCAUCUUCAACAACAACGCUGACGCCUGUAACUUUGGUGUGACUAUUGGCGUGGCCUGUUUCCUCGGCAGUAUCUGUUUCAUGAUCCUGGACGUUUACUUUCCCACCAUCAGCAGCGUCAGGGACAGAAGACGCGCCGUCCUGCUGGACCUCGUCUUCUCUGGCCUCGCCAGCUUCCUGUGGUUCGUUGGCUUCUGUUUUCUGGCCAAUCAGUGGCAGGCGACCUCUCAAGACGAGCUGCCAUUGGCCCAGGGCUCCGACGCUGCCAGAGCCACCAUCGCUUUCUGCUUCUUCUCCAUCCUCACCUGGGGUUAUCAGUGUCUGCUGGCAAUGAACACAGUUAAGAGCAUUUCCUUCAUGGAGGACAAGCAGAGGUUGCUGCCUAGCACCCCUCCCACCCUCUCUUUAGUCUAAUACACACACACUCACACACUCAAAGUCCAUUAAGUAGUGGGAAAAUACGGCUGAGUGAUGUGGUCUAAGCUGACACAACAAUGUGAAGAAAAAAAAUGAUUUAUGGAUCUAUAUAACUAUAUGGAUAAUGAAGUUGAUGCUCAAUGCAAUGAGCUGCAAUCCACCGUACAUCAGACAAAAUGUAAUCAUAUGUGUAAAACAAAAACUGCAAAGAUUCAUAUUAGUUUUAAUCGGGGGGGGGGGGGGUCAAAGAAUAGAACUUACACACACUUCAUGACCACCACUUAAGUCCCCUUGACCAAGGCCCUUAACCCUCAAAGUGUGUGAACACAGUUCCAGCUGAGCUGCUCAGAGGGCGCUCAACUGGAACUGGUCAGACUCUGGUUUUACUGGGAGGUUUUCUUGUGUGAAUGUGUGUUCGACCGUGUGCGUGUGAACAAGGUCUUCCUGAAAAAGAGAACAUUGUUCCCAGUGAUAGCUCCUUUGUUAAAUUAAACUUUAAAAAGAAAUUGCAAUGCCACAAGGCAUCACCGCUCAGACAGAAACCAACUGAUUUAUUAUCCAGUGGUAACUCAAUGGAGCCUUUUAAAAUCUCUCCACGAAACAUAAAACAGCCAUUCAUCUCAGUGUCAGAGGAUGUGAAGAGGUUAAACUGUAAUUGUGUCAAGGAUGUACAGUAUGAUACAAAAGUUACUUUUACUUUUAGUCAAGUCAUUUUUCCCCCCAACAGUCCUGUGGUAAAUCAUUCCAAUAUUCUUCUGUAGAGGAUUUAUAGCAUGUGACAAAGAACGAAAUGUAUUUUCUUUAGACUUUCGAUACUUUUUGAGGAAGUCUUCUGAUUUUACACAUUAAAGUUGGUUUACUAGUCAUGAGGGGGACAACUCAGCCUGUGAAAACAUUUGUUUAAUGUUUUCCGGCUUUCUAAAGUCUGAGAAAAUGCCCUGAGUGAUUUCACUAUUGUUGAUUUAAUCUGAGUUUGGAGAUUCAUUUUUAACAAAAACAAACAGAAUGGAGAAUGGAGUUUGAGAAAUGUGGUUGUUUACUAACUAGGGAGGCUAUAUGCUCUGAAGUUGCUUUAUGGGAAAUAGAGCAGCCAGCAUUUUUGGAGUUUGACACAAACUAUAUUCUCAAAGUCAGGACACAGUGGUCUCUGCUGCUAUGAUUUAGUUUCUUCAACCCUCCUCUCCUGUUUGUGUAACUGCACUUUUACCCAAACUGAGCACGUGUGAAGGUUUGUGUAAUAGAGCUUUUCCAUUGCAGGAACUUUACAUGGUGUAACUGUUCUCCAUCCACUUUGGAGAUAAGUUCCUGGAGCUCAGUUUCUGCACUGCUCAGGUGAUAAUAAUAAAUGCAAUUUCUGUACAUUGUACUGAAGUACAGUACUUGAGUAAAUGAACUUCAUAUAUAUAUAUAUAUAUAUAUAUAUAUAUUCCACCACUUUGGUCCAGACAGAAAUAUCUCAAAGCUAUUGGAUGGACUGCCAUGAAAUCAUACUGACUUUGGUGAUCAGUGACUUCCACUAAACACUUACAAAACUAAUGAUGUCCUAGUUAAGUUUUUCACAUCGCAGGUCAGUUCCGCGUUGCCUGCAAUCCCACAAUGCAUUGUGAAGUUUUGCUUGUGUCCAGUAGAAACUGAAUGGGGGACUUUGCGUUUCACUGCCUUCAGUUGAUCUUUAACAUUAGUCUGCAGUGAAAAAGCGGUAAACAGUAAUCAUGCAUUUCUAAUGCAAAUAAAUCAGUGUGUGACUAACAGUCUGCUAAUGCCUGUGUGUGUGUGUGUG